UUUAAAAUUCAUGAGGUCUCUUCAAUAUUUACUGCCGAACUUCUUGCAAUUUACCAUUGUCUUUUGAACAUAUCCACCACUCAACUUGAAAACAAAAACUUUUUAAUACAAAGUGACUCUCUUAGUUCCUUGAUAUCCAUACAAAACAUUUUUUCAGAUCACCCUAUUGUUCAAAAUAUUCACAAAAUUCUGCUAGAUCUCCAAAAUUCAAACCACACCAUCCACCUUAUGUAUACUCCUAGUCAUGUCGGCAUUGAAGGAAAUGAAAUUGUUGACACCUAUGCAAAAUCAGCCACUAUCCCCCCUCCCUUCACCAUUUUCACCCCUGACGAUAUAAAAUCCUUCUUCAAACAAAAUACUCACUCUAAAUGGCAAAAUUUCUGGUCAUCACAGACAUCAAACAAACUCUUUCAACACAAAAAAACAAUCUACCCCUGGAAAAAUCUUAAUCACCUAAACAGAAGAGAAGAAAUAAUUAUAACCCGUCUAAGAAUAGGUCACUCUAAAAUCACACACAAUCAUCUCUAUCAAAACAUUCCGAAACCCCCCUGUCAAUUCUGUGAAAAUGAACCUAUAUCCACCCAACAUUUACUAUUCAACUGUCCUAAAUUACAGCAAACAAGACUAUCUCUCCAAAUAGACCCAAAUUCAAUGACCAUUCCAGAUAACCCUUCUGAAAUCCAAAAAUUCAUAACCCUACUUAAAAGCACCAACCUAAUAAACCAAAUCUAAACCCUUCUAGCCACGGGUGUAAUAAUCGUGUAAUUAUAAACACCCAAAACAAAAAAAAAAAAAAAAAAAGACAUGAAAAUCAUACUUACUCGUAUAAUGCUAUCAACGCUAAGAGCAACCACUUUGAAAAUCAGAGCCACCACGCAGUGUUUGUUGUCAGGAGAGUAUGCGCACGAAUUGCAAGAUUUUACUCCUGAAAUCGCACAACGCCGUCCAAAAAUCGUGUUGGGAUACUCUGAUUAUCAUUUUUCACUAUACCGCAAAAUCCGAUUCCAUAUCACCAAUCAAAAACUUGCCCCUCUCAAAAAAAAUCAACUUGAUCGACUGAAAUUGGAAAAAAUCACAAAGUAUUCGGUGGUAUUAGGCACAUAUCCUAAAUUGAAGAUUUUACUUCAGACGGUUACAACGAUGAACAUAAAUUAUUGUCAAACAAAUAUGACACUUAUAUUGUAUGAUACUGAAUCAUUUAAAUGAAUAUUCAGCUUCAAUGUCUAAAUUUAAUACCCGUACGUGUGGUGUACACAUAUCUAUGUAACAUUAAGUACAUACAAAAGUAUAAUAUGUGCAUAUUACGUAAACUGUAGCCUCAUGAAAAUUUCAUAGGUAUAGAAUUAAAUUUCACGCGCGAAGGAUUUUUGAUUCGCAGAAUUCACGAAAAACAACGUGAUAAAUUUUAGUCAAAAUUAGGCAGAUAAGUCCCCACUAAUGAGAGAAGCGAUUUGAAAUUUUAAUUUUAUGCAACGUUAAAAGACAAUUACCUUACUUAUUUAUAUAGGUACCUAGUACCUACCUACAAUUAAAACUCAACAGUGCUUUUCGCGAAUGUUGUAAGGUGAAAGUAAAAAUCGCGAAAUCUUCGGCUGUGAAAUUUUCUAUUCAAAUUGUGCGAAAAAUGAAAGAAAUGAGUAAUUUAGACGAUGUUGUUAUUUCUGGCAUUUCUGGCGUGUUUCCAAAAAGUGAAAAUGUGGAAGAAUUCAAGAAUAAUUUAUUGGCUGGAAAUGAUAUGAUUUCAUCAACUUUUGAGAGACACAACAAAAAAGGGUUGAACGUUGGUUUAUUAAAAACAAUCGAUCAAUUCGAUUAUUCUUUUUUUCGCAUGAAUAAUAGUCAUGCCAAAAGCAUGACAUUUUCGGCGAAAAUAUUGCUCGAAAAAACCUUCGAAGCGAUUCUUGACGCAGGUUACAAUCCUCAAGAAAUAAAAGGGAAAAACAUCGCUGUUAUUGGUGGCGUGUGGGAUCUCAAUGACGAAGGGGAUCCAGCUAAGGAUAAGAAACCUGAAACGUAUACCGAAUUCGGAGGCAAAAUGGUAUUCAUGUUGAUGAACAGAAUUUCACAAUGGUUGGAUGUUCAUGGACCAAGCUACUCCGUAAACACGGCUUGCUCAUCUUCAAUAUACGCCAUUGAUGACGCAAUUAAAGCCAUUCAACGAGGACAAUGCGAAGGAGCAAUCGUAUGCAGUUCAAAUUUUUGCUUAGCCCCCAUGGAAUACUCGACCUCUACCCCAUUUCUCAGCCCAGAUGGGACAAGUGCGCCUUUUGAUGCAGAUGCAAACGGUUAUGUGAGAGCUGAAGCAGUAGUCGUAGUUUUUUUGCAAAAAAGAAAACAUGCGAGACGGAUUUACUCAACCAUCAUUCAUUCAUCAACCAAUUCCGACGGAUUUCAAGUUAAUGGAACAGGUUUUCCAUCAACCAAAGCACAAAUAAAUCUAUAUCAACAAUUUUACCAAGAAAUUAACCUGGAUCCCCGAAAGAUUUCUUAUAUCGAAGCUCAUGGUACUGGAACUCGGGCAGGAGAUACUGCGGAAGGAACAUCCAUAGAUGAAUUUUUCUGUACAAAUCGUACGUCUCCAUUAAAGGUGGGAUCAGUCAAGUCGAACAUGGGACAUGCUGAGGCGGCAGCAGCCUUAUGCAGCAUAAUCAAAUUGAUCAUAGCUUUCGAGACUGGAACGAUUCCUGCGAAUCUACGAUACAAUAAACCAAAUCUCGACAUUAAGGGUUUCAGUAAUGGACAUCUUGAGGUCGUUACAAAACCAAUUCCCUCGGAGGGGGAUUACUUUGCGUUAAGUUCUUUCGGACUUGGUGGAGCUAAUGGUCAUAUUGUCCUACAACCUCAUAAAAAAGUCCAAAAUAAACAACGUUCAUCGAUCGAUGAAAAUAUACAUUGGCUAGUUACAGCAUCUGGAAGAACAGAGGAAGCAGUUGACUGCAUUUUGAAUUCUGUUGAGAAAAAUAGAAACGCCGAAUACAUUCGAUUAUUGCAUGAAAUUUUCAAAUACGGAAUUCAAGGUCAUCCAUAUAGAGGAUACAUAAUUCUGCAGAAAAAUAAUUUACCCAAAGUGUCUAAAAAAUUCUUUUCUGGUGAAGAACGGCCAAUAUGGUUUGUUUUUAGUGGUCUAGGAUCGCAAUGGCCUGCAAUGGGAAAAUUGUUAAUGGAAAUCCCAAUUUUCGCCCAGUCUAUACGUAAAAGCCACGAUGCGCUACGAUCAAAGGAUCUUGAUGUAAUAAAAAUCAUUUCAAACGACGAUCCUCAAAUACUCGACAAUAUUCUAAACAUAUUUGUAGGAAUAACAGCUAUUCAGAUUGCUUUAGUGGACGUAUUGAGUCAAAUGAAUAUAAAACCAGAUGGAAUCAUCGGUCAUUCAGUAGGAGAAGUAGCAUGUGGAUAUGCCGACGGUUGUCUGACAGCCGAACAAACGAUUUUAGCAGCUUAUUACAGGGGUUUGGUUUUGAUGGAAAAUGGUUCCAUCAACGGAACAAUGGCAGCUGUUGGUGAAAGCUCGCAGUAUGGUACCGAGUUCUAAUUGUCUCGCGAACGAUUCGUUCCGAACUUGACGAAAUUCUCACGGCAACGCCGUCG